AUGUCUGGAAGUGUCACAGAAGUUGUUUACUUGCAUAUGAAGCCUGGUCUGGAUCUUUCAUCAGGCGAAGCGAAAGAAGCAUGGCAAUCAACCUUGAGUACCAUUGCCAAGCAGCCUGGUUGUAAGGCAUUAUACUGGGGUCGUCAAGUUGAGAGCCCGGAUACAGUCCAGAUGCUCGUAGAUUGGGAAUCUAUCGAUGACCACAAAACUUUCGAGGGCACCCCGGGAUACCAACCCUUCUUGUCAAACAUUAUGGAGAAGCUUGUAGCCAGCGGCCCAGAGAUGUUCCACGUCAAGUUCCCCGCUGAAUACUCUACAUCCGACAACCCAUUUACUAUGCCCGUCACUGAGUGCAUAAACGCCUACUUUCCGCCCGACUACCACCAGGACCAAUACAGUUCCCAGUUCUCCAAAUUCCGCGCUCAGGCUGCUGAGAUGCCGCAGUCGGGAGCUAAAGGCGUUUUUGGCGGAUGGAGUGUUGAGCCGCAUCAGCAUGAGAAUCUGGGUGAGGGUGUCAAUGGAAAACUGUUUGCAGGAUUUAUCGGAUGGCCGGACGUAGAGGCACAUAUGGCAUUUCGUAAGACUGAAGAUUUUGCGAGGAUCAUCCCAUUGUUGAGGGAAGGGCAUAAGGGAAUGAAAGUCUGGCAUGUCGCGUUUCAACAAUAUAAAUAG